UGCCCCUCUUAGAGACACUUCACGGGGAGUUCAGAGCAGCGGUACCGCAGGGUCAGGGUCGAGACGGUGAAUCUGACUCGCUUUCACUCCGCAUCUCCGAGCUCGAGCCCUCACGCCAACUCAACCGUCAGUGACGUCUGCGUCACGUGUGCGUCUCUUCCCUCGGUACGUCCGUCGUAUUUUCCACCCCUCCGCUGUCUGCUCCAACACCGAGACAGAGCAGAGCCGAGCCGAGCCUGGCGAAUUAAACGCGAACCCAAGACAGAGCGUCGCUGUCCGGACGCCGGGUGUCGCGUUUGUCUGCAGCCGAUGGACGGAGGGGUCUUACACCUAUAAGUUGCCAUCAGUGAAGUCCGUUAGUGGCUCCUGUGUGAGCCCGUAUCAAUGUAAACUUUUUCUUUUUUCUAAAAGAACGUUCACUGCGCACAGUGAGAUCCAAACAAAGCGAGGAUUCUACUAAAACCUCUGCAGAGAAUCAUUCGGGGACUUAUGGAAGAGCUCGUCCACUCUCCUUCCCCCAUGUCUGGUCGACAGUGAAGGAGGAAUCCAUCUUCUCUCUCUCAGCCCCUCAGCCAUUUGACCCCCCCCACCUCCUUUCCCUCUGGUCUCACCAUGGCCAGCAAAAGGAAGUCCACUACACCCUGCAUGAUCCCCAGUAAGGUCAUCCGCUCUGUGGAGGAGGCGGAGCGGGACUCUCCGGUUCCGGUCCGUCACUCCAGGGUUUCUGGAGGUGACAGACGCAGCCCUCUGGACGCCAGCGGUGAACCAAAACAGGAGGCGGGGGAUGCAGAUAAGGACGGUGGCGGUGGCACUUACACUUGCAAGCUGUGCAAUUUUGAAACUCACGACCUCAACCUGUUCCUAGAUCACGUCUACACGGGGCACCCGGACUUUAGGGCGGACCCUGGCUUCGUCUGCAUGAGCUGCGGCGUUUCGGCGCCAAAGUUUGAGGGGCUAGCUCUGCACAACGCCAGAGUCCACCCUAGCACUUUGAAUACGACCCUGCAGCUGAGGAGGAGGGAGAGGAGGGCAGUGGUGGAGCAGAACCUGGUGAUAGGGGCAGAGCUGUGCAGGGACAGCGAAAUCUCCAUCACUAAGACACCAAUCAUGAGGAUGCUGAAGGGAAAAUCUGAACCCAAAAGGAUUGUGGUGUCUCACUCGGUGUCAGACGAGCCCGCCUCGGACGUGCAUUCUGCCUCCAUAUCCAGGGAAUCUGAAAGAAAGGAAUCUUCUGCUGUUACAGUCACCCACGUCUCCACAAUUGUCCACAACGGAACGAGCAAGACCACCCUGCCCUCGGCGAUCCAGAUUGUCAACGGCUCUACGGGGUUACCUAUACUGAAGACACCCAUCACACAGGUUGUUUCUGUAGCUCAGAACCGAAGUCUUCACCAUUCAGCAUCUAUCACAGCUUCCUCUACUGCUUCUUCAUCCUCAUCCUCGCAAAAUCUUCCCAAGGUAAUGAUCCCUCUGAGCAGCAUCCCCACCUACAGUGCCUCCAUGGACUCCUCCUCCUUCCUGAAGACUUCUUUCAGCAAGUUUCCGUACCCCACCAAGGCUGAGCUGUGCUACCUGACCGUCGUCACCAAAUUCCCCGAGGAGCAGAUCAAGAUCUGGUUCACCGCUCAGCGACUGAAGCAAGGCAUCAGCUGGUCCCCGGAGGAGAUUGAGGAGGCAAGGAGGAAAAUGUUCAACACCAUCAUCCAGACGGCACCGGUCGGCUCCCAGAACCAAACCCAGAGUCACCACAGCCAGGCGCCACACACCAUCACAGUGCUGCCCGCCUCCCUGGGGCCCACCGGGAUCCCUCAGUUCCUGCAGGGGUCUCUUGUCAGCCCAGGCGGCGUAAUCGUCACGCAACCUGUUGUGGCAAACGGAAUCCAGGUCAGCAGUGCCCCCGUGGCCCUCGCGGUCACGCCGAAGCCCCAGGCGGCGGCUCGGCCCACAAUGCAGGCCCGACCCGCUGCCGCUCUGGUGGCGGAUAAAAGCCCCAGCAUGCUGGUUGGAACGGUGGGCAGCAGUAAAGCUAUGGGAGGGGGCACGAACAGUACCAGCAACACUGAAGGCGGUGUCAUCAACCUUAGUCUUGGAAGCAGUAGUCAUAGCAACGCUAAGGGGAGCAGUGUCAAUGGUAAACAUGGCAGUGCUAAUGCUAACUCCAGCGAGAAAAACAGCAGUGAUGUUGGCAGCCGUGUUAGCGCCAGAAACACAGACAGUAAACCUGACGGGGGCGGUUCGGGGCAGAUGGACAGUAAGACCCCCACAGAAAACAAAGCUGUCAUCAGCAGCUGUGAAAACCUGAAGAGCAAAGAUGCUAAUGGUAGCAGCAAUCAUAACAAUCUGGCCAGUGCAGGAACUGAGGAAGCAGAUCCUUCUGGUUGUGACUCUCCAACCAUCAAAAUGGAGGAUGCUUCAUCCCCCGCCUCUAAGUCUUCCUCCCCCACUCCUGCAGGUCCGGGCAGCAGCUCCGGCUCCCGGACCCCCUCCAGCACCUUCCUGGACCCCAGCUUUUACAAAGGCAAGAAGUCCCAGGAGCAGCUCAGUAUCCUGAAGGACAGCUUCCUGCUGAGCCAGUGGCCCGACCAGGAGGAGGUUGACCGCCUCAUCGGCCUCACCGGCCUCACGGUGCGCGAGGUCCGCAAAUGGUUCAGCGACCGACGCUAUCAUUUCCGCAACUGCAAGAGCUCCCGCUCCAGCACGGGUGGGCAGAGUAAGUCCAGUGCUGGAGCGGGGAACGGCGGAAGUACGCCUGGUAGCAGUGCCGCCGCUGCCGCCGCCGCCGGCUGUAACGCCCCCGUUGAUUUGUCGGAAAGUAGCAGCAGCAACUCUGGUGCCAAAACUCCCCAGCACAGCUCCAGCACCACCACCCAGAGCCCUCCGCCAACACAGACCCCCACAUCGCCCACCGCUCCUUCCAAGAGGCUCUUCAGGUUACACUCACCUGAUUUCACAGCCAUCCGCUACAAGGAGAGAGACCCCCACCAGGUGAUAGCCCUUGAGGCCAGCUUUGCCCAGAACACCGACCCGUCAGGAGAAGAAGUGGACAGGCUGCGCUCUGAGACCAAGAUGACUCGGCGGGAGAUCCACGGCUGGUUUGCUGAGAAGAGGAAGCGAGUGGCUGCUGAGAAGAAGAAGGAGGAGGCGGAGCGGAAGCCGAAGGAGGACGAGGAGGAGAUGGAGGUGGAUGGAGAAGAGAGGCAGAGGGAUGACGGUUCAGGGGAACCGAAAGUGAACCCCAUCAAAAUAAAUCUGAAGAUGCUGAAGAAAACCUCCCACUCCCCCAAACCCACAACUGUCCGAGGGAAGAAGACGGCGGAGCAGCUCCACCUGCUAAAGCAAGUCUACGCCCGAACCCAGUGGCCCAGCGCCACUCAGUACGAUGAGCUCAUCUCAGGAACAGGGCUGCCCAGACCUGAGGUGGUGCGCUGGUUCGGGGACUCCCGGUACGUCCAGAAGAACGGACUGCUGAAGUGGCUGGAGGAGUACCAGAACCUGGCCCUGGAGGAGGAGCUGCAGAAGGACGGCUCCAAGGUCCUGCAGGACCAUCUGGACGCCCACGGCAGGCUGGACGACUCCCAGAUAAAGGAGCUGGCUGAGAAAACUGGUCUGACAGGCGACUUGGUGCGGCAUUGGUUCUCUACCAGGGGAGCGAUCCCCGACGCUAAGCAAAGCUCUGCACAGCAGGCGGGAACGGAAGCCGUCGCCGCAGAGGAAGCAGCGGCGCCGCCGACAGGAUCCUCGGCUCUGGAGCCACAGCCGGGCGGCGGGACGGAGGAGAAGAUGGAGCCGUCGGUGUGUGGGGCGGAGGCUGACGCCGACAACUCUGCUGCUGCUACAGGAAGUGAAGAGGCCUCAGUAUGAGGACAGAGUUCACAAAGCAGGAGGUCUUUGUUCCGGCAGGACAGCAGAUGGUUUGUGACUGGAUCAGUGGUUUGAAACUGACCCCAGAUCCGUCGUCUCCCUCUACUAGAGACGGACACUACAGCCAGCCCUCGGUCCCUCCGUGUGCCAUGUGACGCCAUCAUCCCGGUUUUACUUGAUGACCACAUGUUUGGUGGACGGAGGUCUGACCAUGAGUGAUGGGAAGUUUGUCAUCAAGUCGUCGCCGCUGGGCGUUUGCCAAGGCCUUAGAUGAACUUUUUUUCCCCCCAGUCUUGUUCUUUCUGCUCAGCUAAACGUCCAAACUCGGCUGCUCUCGGUGCGUCUUUGUCGCUCCUUGAAUGCGUUUUCUCUGCUUGGAUCGGACGGACUUUGGUCUGGGAGACGUUUGGAGUGAAGGCGGGCAUCCUGUGACGCCCAAAGGAAUGGGACGAUGUGCUAAAACCACGUGAAGUUCAGAUCUUCUGGUAGCAUCAAGUGCUUCUCUAUGUCUCGUUUGUUUUUAUGAAACUGUCUUAGGAAUAAAUGCAAAAGAUCAGAACUUUUACCACAGUUCCAUACUCAUGCUCGAUGUACAAUUUUUACAGAUGCAUUUGGAGAAUAAACAACAGAAUGUAAUGAAUUCAAACCUGUUUCUCCUUCACUGGUCCAAGAUGAGUAAACCAAACAAAACAGUCUGAAACAUUUUACUGUUUGAAGGAUAAUUUCUUUAGAAGACAAAAUACAGAAACUUUAAACUGAAUUUUACUCAGAUUUAAUGUGAUAUAGUGCUCACUGUAAACUGUAUAGAGGAGUGGUGUUAUUGUGAUGGGCUUAAAAAGACACGGCCAAUUGCAGUCAGGCUUGAUAAAUACAACAGUUAAGUAAAGGUGAUCAUUUAUUGUGGUAUAAAAUGGCUGGAAAAUACAUAGGAAGGGUCUUUGUAAUGGGUUUUCUUAAUCUGCUUCUAAGAGUUGCUCAAUGUAUGUGGUCCUACUUACAUUAAAAAGAAUGCAAAGCAACCUAAAUGCUUUAGGUUUUACCUAGCAUUUUCAAUUUUAACAUUUUGCAUUUUUCAAAGGCUUCCUGCACCCUAAAGAUUCACUUAUUUCUUAAAUCAGGGAUUCAGGGCUGCACAAAAUCAUUCUGAUGGCUGCAAAAAGCUCAACCUUUGGUCAACCCAGGGUUAGUUUAAAGCAAAUAUGUGGGAGAGAAUGGCUCAGUCAAAGUCCAGACUCAAAGAUACAUGCUCUUAGUUGCUGUUCUGCAAAGAAUAGCUGAAAAUGUUUAGUAUUUAAAUGUGCAAAGAUUAUUCACAUGCCUCAAAACAUCUGCAGCUGCAAAAGUUUGGCUUUACAAAGUUACAUUUAUAUACAUGCAACAAAUUUCACAUUUUACUUUGGAACCAUUUUUGAAAACCGUAUUUCCUUCCAGUUGUGCAUCAUUUUAUGUUGGUUCUUCACAUAAAAUUCCAACAAAAUUCACUUUUUACUAUGGAAAAAAAGCUCAUCUUCUAUAAAUACCAAAUUAUUUCAGACAAGUUUUAAAAGUUCAUGCCCUUUGCUUCCACGUGGCUCAUUUUCGGUUCUGUUAGACUAUUAGUCAUGUUUGUCGGCUGUUCACACGUCUUAUAGUGAAACGCCGUUCAUUUCCUGUGAUGCGGCGUCGGAAGUUUAAAAAAUGAGUAUCUGCACCUCAAUGAACAAUUUGAUAAGAAAAAUAAGGACCAGAAAGCUUGUAUAAAGCAGUGAGUAUUUUAUUUACUUUUCAGGCUUGAAUAUGUUCCAUAUGAAAGGCAAAAAAAUAAUAAUUAAAAUUAAUACUUCUCGUCAUUGAGGUUUAGGCACAUUACAGGAAGGCAAAUGUAAAAUGAGGCCGACGCUAGCAGAAAGAAAAAUCGAUAAAAUUACAACAACAAAAGCGAAACAAAUUACAGUUAAAGGCCCCACGCAGGCGUCCUUUGUUGUUCAGCUUGAUUUGACGUCAAUAUGGAAAAUGCUCCUACAUCAAACAGUUGAGUCGUUUUGCACGUGCUCACACGGUGCCGUGCAGCAAACCAUCAAAAUACGUGACCAUGGCUGUGGGAAAUGUGGCUUCAAUGUGGUGUGUGUGGAGAUAGGCCAGAACUGAGGGCAAUGCAUUGCUCCACACACACGCACACACACAUU